AUGUCAACUUCGACGGAGACACGCCCUGUUAGGGUGGCCAACUGCUCUGGCUAUCAUGGUGGGAAACCCGACAGUAUGGACGCGUUUCUUAGAGCUGAUGUGGCAACCCUGGGAGAUGUUGAUUUUAUAACGGGCGAUUAUCUGGCGGGUAAAAUACACUGCUCUCACUCCGAUCGAAACCAAGUUUUUGCUAAGCUCGAGUGUGCAGAAGUCAAUCUUGCCAACAAUGCCCAGGUAUGGCGAGAAGGAAAGCAUCCUGGAUACGAAGCUACUGCCUGGGAAGGCCUACAACAGACCAUCGAAGUAAUUGCACAGAAGCGUAUUCGAGUGGUUAUCAAUGGCGGUGCUUUGGACCCUAAAGCUCUUGCGUUGAAGACUCAGGCUCUGGUCUCCGAAAAGAAGCUCGAUCUUCGCGUUGCGUAUCUCUCAGGCGAUGACAUGUAUGAUCGCGUUGGACCAAACAUGCCAGUCACCAAAGAAGAGCUGACCCAUCUUGAUGCCGGGAACUCGGAUGUGGUGCCUUCAGAUCUGACGUACGCAUUCCUGAACACACAAGAUGGGGAGCCAGUUCCAAUGGUAUCGGCGCAUGCGUACUUGGGUGCCCGUGGUAUUGUGGAUGGCCUGCGUCGAGGCGUCGAUAUCGUCAUCUGUGGCCGCGUUGCAGACGCUAGCCCUGUUAUCGCUGCGGCAUGGUACUGGCAUGACUGGUCGGAGACAGACUAUGACAAGCUUGCCGGAUCGCUGAUUGCUGGUCAUCUGAUUGAAUGUUCGGCUUAUGUGACUGGCGCCAACUUUGCUGGGUUUGAUAGAUACCCUCUGGAUGAUCUUGUUGCUCCAGGCUUUCCGAUCGCCGAGAUUGCCGCAGACGGCACCUGUGUUAUUACGAAGCACCCAAACACACAGGGUAUAGUUAAUGCAGACACUGUUUGCAGUCAGUUCUUGUAUGAACUACAGGGGACUACCUAUCUCAAUAGUGACGUGAGUGCCUAUAUCGCCGAUGUUAUAGUCACAGACGUGGGGAAAGAUAGGGUGCAUGUAUCGGGUAUUCGAGGAUCGCCACCACCCCCGACGACCAAGCUUGCGGUCUUUUACCCAGGAGGAUACGAGGCCCAACUUCUGCUGAACGCAACUGGGUAUGCUACGGAUAAGAAGUGGGAUCUUUUCCAGCGGCAAAUGCGCCAUUUCCUUCCUGAAGAAGUAAAGCAAAGCUUAGAGACCUUGGAGUUUCAAAGGAUUGGAACUCCCGCCGCCAACCCAGCCUUUCAGGCUGAAAGUACUACGUACCUGCGCGUAUUUGUUGCAUCCCGAUCAGAGGGCGCUGUUCUUGCUGUGGCAAGGGCUCUGAAAGAUAUCUCUCUCAAGCAUUUCUCAGGAUUUCAUACAUCACUGGAUACCCGAACAGCUAUCCCCUUACCAUUCCUCGCCUACUACCCAGCCCUGGUCAAACAAUCCGAGAUCCAGGAAAAAAUAAACCUGGUCGACGCGUCGAACUGCAUCAGCUCAUACGAUACCGGCCAUCCCCCACAGUAUCAAGAUCUCACACCCCGGGAGAACUACGACCCAGCAGAUCCACAAAUAUUCACAAGUCCCACUAAGAAACUUCGCUUGGGAGACAUCGCUCUUGGUCGAUCAGGCGAUAAGGGUGGGAAUCUCAACUGUGGUCUUUUCGUUGCGAAUCCAAACCACUGGCUCUGGCUUCGAUCAUAUUUCACCAGAGAUCGAAUGCGAGAGCUCAUAGGCGGGGAUUGGAACGAUAGCUUCUUCAUCGAGCGCGUCGAGUUCCCGAAUAUCAUGGCUGUGCACUUUGUCAUCUAUGGAAUUUUGGGACGUGGCGUGAGCAGCUCGAGUCGGCUCGAUGGGUUUGGAAAGGGGUUUGUUGAUUACAUCCGUGAUAAGAUGGUGGAUGUUCCUGUGGAGAUUCUGGGAUGA